GCCAGAGUAUCAAUUCUCCGGCUAACUCGCACGCUCGGUUCCGGGCAGAUGGAGAAGAAUGAAAAGAUUGAAGACUUCUUCGACCCUCAACUCGGCUUCUCGGCCGACUGUCGCACUGCAUCCCACGCGAUGCCGAAACACAAUUCUGGUGAAGCACGCUAACCCAUCAUACAAGAAGUACCCUCUGCGCUAUUAAUUGCUCAUUUUUUCCUGCAUAGAGAAAAAAGGCCAGUCUUCGAUCGAGACAGCAUUGAGUACAUUGUCGACUACGAAGAGCGCGCGACAUGAAAGCGUCUCUGCCUCUCCGGAGCUUCUCCACACCAUGCCGGAGCCAAUUCCGCCCUGGUUUCUACCGGCGGACACCUUCCUCUUCUCCACGACGAUGGAACAGCACCAACAGCAGUAGUGGUGCAGGCCCUGCAUCUGAUGCUGCUUCUAGCACCAAGGCCUUUUGGACAACCAGCCGUGCUCUGGUUCUAGCUGUUGCGGCAAGCUCUGGUGCUUACGCAUUCGCCAGCACGCGGGGAUCUCUAUCGUCAACAGCGCAAGCAAAAGAAGCCCCACGGUAUGGAGAUAUCAAGCAGUUUGAAAAGGCCAUUGCAGAAUUGCGUACAGAUCUCGGCGAAGACGCUAUUAGCACCGAUGACGACGACCUUCACGACCACGGCUACUCUGAAUGGUCGUCCGUGAACGCAGACCGGCUCCCCGUCGCAAUUGCAUACCCCAAAACUACCGAAGAGGUUUCUAAGAUUGCCAAAGUAUGCCACAAAUACCGAAUGCCCAUGGUGCCAUAUUCUGGCGGAUCAAGCUUGGAGGCCAACUUCUCUGCGCCUUACGGUGGCAUGACGAUCGAUUUUGCCUUUAUGGAUCGCAUUCUGGAGGUACACGAGAACGAUUUGGACGUUGUUGUCCAGCCGUCGAUACAAUGGAUGCACCUUAACAAGGAGCUGGAGAACACCGGUCUCUUCUUUCCAGUAGACCCUGGCCCGUCGGCCAAGAUUGGCGGUAUGGUCGGUACCAACUGCAGCGGCACGAAUGCAGUCCGCUACGGCACGAUGAAGGAUUGGGUAGUCAAUUUGACGGUUGUCUUGGCGGAUGGCCAGAUUAUCAAGACGCGGAGACGUCCUCGCAAGACUUCAGCUGGAUACAACCUGACGGGUAUGUUUGUUGGGUCGGAAGGGACUCUAGGAAUUGUCACCGAGAUUACCCUCAAACUCGCACCUUCCCCGGAGCAAAUGCGUGUAGGUAUUGUGACUUUCCCUUCAAUUCGAGAUGCCGCGUCGGCAGCUAUGCAGGUAACCCGCAGGGCGGUUCCUGUGCAGUCCAUGGAGAUCAUGGAUGAUGUGCAAAUGAAUGUCAUCAACCGUGCUGGAGGUACCGGCCGUGUCUGGAAAGAGCUACCCACACUUUUCUUCAAGUUUUCCGGUACCAAAGCUCAAAUCGAGGACAGUAUAAGGAUAACGAAGGAAAUCGUGAAGAAUAAUAAAUCAACAUCCUUUGAAUUCGCCAAGAAUGAGCAAGAAGGUCAUGUGCUAUGGUCUGCGCGCAAGGAGUCCUUAUGGAGUAUGCUUUCAUUGCGCAAAGAGGGGUCUGAAGUUUGGUCUACAGAUGUCGCAGUGCCCAUUUCUCGACUGCCUGACAUUAUAGAAAAGUCAAAGGAGGAACUCGAUGAUUUGAAGAUUUUCGCUAGUCUACUGGGGCAUAUCGGCGAUGGCAAUUUCCAUACCAGCAUCAUGUACAAUCGAAAGGACCCGGAUGAGAGAGCACGAGUUGAGACUGUCGUCCAUAACAUGGUAAACCGUGCUCUUGAAAUGGAGGGAUCCUGCACAGGUGAGCACGGUAUCGGGCUAGGAAAGAAGGAAUCCCUCGUGAGCGAGCUAGGACCAGACACUAUCAAUGUCAUGAGAAACAUCAAGCGGGCUCUGGAUCCCCACUGGCUGAUGAAUCCAGGCAAGAUUUUCGACUAUUCAACAGACAGUAAACCUACAAGUAUAACCGAUCUCGAGUCAGGUCGUUUAGCUGGCGCACAGAAGAAGGACUAGGAUAGUGAAAUUUUUGGUUGCAUAUAAAAAGAUGGUUCAUGUACAUAUUUGUAAUGAAUAUAUUAUGCUUCAUUCAUAUUGAGUUUAAU